AUGCUCUCCAUCACCAAGACGCUCGCCCUUUUCGGCCUCGUCAGCAAUCUGGCGCUCGCAAAUACCUUCGCCGAAUUCUGCAACGAUGACAACUGCUCCGAAGGCUGCGGCCUUGCGGUCGACACCAACAACCCCGGCUGCCUGACCCAGUAUGGCCGCCGCUCGGUCAGAUUCCACGGCAUCAACUCGCAGGAUGUGAGCUUGAUCGCUUCUCCCGGCGACACUUGCGAUUGCCAAAACUACUGCGAGGACAACAUCGUGUCAUCCGUGCUUCAUGUCUUUGGUGAGAAUGAUGGGUGCUUCAAGUUGAGGGACGAAGAGGUCCGUUGCUUCGGAAUCGAGGGACUUGGAGAUGGUCUUGUGCUGACUUUGAACUGUAGGCUCAAUCGUUCCGCUUCAUCUUUGGCGGCUGCCCAGCUGAUCAGUGUUAAGUAA